CUCAAGUUCUAGAGAGAGAAAGUUUUAGUGAGAGAAACAUUUUGAAGAGACGGUGGCUAUCGUUGAAUUUGAAGAAGAAUUAGGAGAGGCGCGUUUAAGUAGUCUUCUCCCGGAGUUCUUGUCGGUGCUCUUUUUUAAAGUGUUUGGUAAUAAUAAAACUCAAGAACUGGACUCUGAAAUGGCGUCUGAAGCUGUUGUUCCUCGUCAACAGCUUAGAGGAGAAGUAAAGCAGAAGAAUAUUGUUGGAAAUGGAAGGAACAAUAGAAGGGUUCUUCAAGAUAUUGGUAAUUUGGUGAAUGAUCGCGCCGUGGUAGGGAAGAAACCAAUCAAAGAUGGUGGGAAUGGGAAGAAACCUGUGGCAGUAAAAGCAGUUCAUGUGCCCGAGUCAGUGAUUGUGAUUAGCUCUGAUGAAGAAUCUGAAAACAGUAAACCAAUUAGCAAAAGAAUCCCUUCUAAAGAUUGUCCUGCAAGGAAAGAAAUCAAAACCCUCACUUCAAUUUUAAAUGCCAGAAGCAAGGCUGCUGCUGCUGCCUGCGGAGUUGUUAAAAAGCCAGAAAGGUGCUUAUUGGUGGAUAUUGAUGCAAGUGAUGUGGAUAAUGAAUUGGCUGAAGUUGAAUAUGUUGAUGAUAUCUACAAGUACUACAAGGAAACAGAAGCUGAUGGUUGUGUUCAUGACUACAUGAGUUUGCAGCCAGAUAUUAAUGCGAAAAUGAGAUCAAUUCUAGUUGACUGGUUGAUUGAAGUUCAUCUGAAAUUCGAACUCAUGCCCGAAACUCUGUACCUGGCUUUAAAUAUAAUCGACCGGUUUCUAGCAGUGAAGGCUGUGGUAAGAAGGGAACUUCAAUUGGUUGGCAUCAGUUCAAUGCUCAUUGCUUGCAAGUAUGAAGAGAUAUGGGCACCAGAGGUUAACGACUUCAUUUGCAUAUCGGAUAAUGCUUAUAUCAGAGAACAAAUUCUAGUUAUGGAAAAAGCUAUUUUGGGGAAGUUGGAAUGGUAUUUAACUGUUCCUACCCCAUAUGUCUUCCUUCUUCGAUUUAUCAAAGCCUCUCUUCCAGCUGAUAAAGAGAUGGAGAAUAUGUCGUUUUUCCUGGCUGAACUUGGGCUGAUGCAGUAUCAAGUGGCGAGUGUGUAUGCUCCCUCGCUCAUUGCUGCAUCGGCUGUGUAUGGUGCUCGUUGUACUCUCGAUAAGAGACCAUUUUGGACGCGAACUCUAAAGCAUCACACUGGCUACACCGAAGAUACGUUAAGGGAUUGCGCAAAGCUUCUGGUUAAGUUUCAUUCAGCAGCUGCUGAAAGCAAGCUCAAGGCAGUACAUAAGAAAUUCUCAAGCGAAAAACGUGGAGCUGUGGCUCUUCUUAGCCCUGCCAAAUGCUUUUCUGAAUAAUCCUGAAGAACUUGCUAGAAUUCUGGGAAGAUCAUAUUUUUUGUAUAGGGGAAGAUCAUGUUUCUGUCAUGAUCUGUAGUUAUCUUUUUUUUUUGUUAAUCUUUAAUUUUUUUAAGCUUUGUGAGAUUAGUGAUUGAUUUUGUGGGGAUAGGCUGAUUUGAUUGUAAUCAGUUCAACUUUUCUAAAGUUGUUUACUGAGGAUUAAUUGAUUUUGAAGAAUUUAAUUUGUGAUAGUAGUAAUCUGAUUUCAACUAUUACAUUUCAUCA